AUGUCUUACCGCGUGGCUGCCCCCGAUGAGUACCUUGCCAUCACCGGCAUGGGAAUCAAGAGCGUGCGCAUCACAAAGGCAGCAUGGGUUCUCCCCUUCCAGCGCUGCAUGCGCUUCAGCGUGCAGCCGCACGACUACGCUAUGAACCUGCAGGCCAUGACCAAGGAGAAGCUGCAGUUCCUGCUGCCGGUCGUCUUCACCAUCGGCCCGGACGUCAACCAGCGCGGCGCCAACACCAAGGGCAAGGCCCCCGAGACGGGCGUCGUGCACGGCGGCGACCACGAGGGGUCCGACGCCGGCGGCAGCCACUCGUACGGCGACGAGACCACGCGCGAGGACCGCGGCGACGCGCUCAUGAAGUACGCCAUGCUGCUCGCCGACUCGGGCAACAAGGGCGGCAGCAACGGCGGCGGCGCGGGCCCCUCGCAGCAAACGUUCCUCGAGAACAUCGUCAAGGGCAUCAUCGAGGGCGAGACGCGCGUGCUCGUGUCCAGCAUGACCAUGGAGGAGAUCUUCCAGGAGCGCGAGGUCUUCAAGCGCCGCAUCUUCCGCAACAUCCGCGGCGAGCUGGCCCAGUUCGGCCUCAAGAUCUACAACUCCAACGUCAAGGAGCUCAAGGACGCGCCCAACUCGUCCUACUUCGAGUCGCUGUCGCGCAAGGCGCACGAGGGCGCCACCAACCAGGCCCGCAUCGACGUGGCCGAGGCGCAGCUGCGCGGCAACGUCGGCGAGGCGCAGCGCAAGGGCGAGGAGCAGCGCGAGAUCGCAAAGAUCAACGCCGACACGGCCGUGCAAAAGGUGGACCGCGACAUCGAGCGCGCCCAGGCCGAGGCCAACCUGGCGACGCGCAAGACGGUGCUCAACCGCGACGUCGAGAUCUCGCGCAUCGAGGCCACGCGCGCGACCGAGGCCAAGGACGAGGACCUCAAGCAGGACGUGCAGCGCAAGAAGGCCGCCGCCGAGCUCGAGCGCCUGCGCGCCACCGACGUCGUCAAGGCCGCCGUCACGCGCGAGGUGAAGCAGCAGGCCGCCGACGCCGCCGCCUACGAGGUCACCACCCAGGCCCGCGCCGACCUCGACCGCAACCAGCAGGCCACAAACGCCGCCGCCUACGACACCAAGACCGCCGCCGACGCCCAGAGCUACGCCAUCAUCAAGAACGCCGACGCCCAGCUCCAGGCCCAGCUCAAGCAGGCCGAGGGUAUGGCCGCCAUGGCCGGCGCCUACGCCAAGAUGUCGCAGGCCUUUGGCGGCCCCCAGGGCCUGCUGACCUACCUCAUGAUCGAGAAGGGCACCUUUGUCGAGCUGGCCAACGCAAACGCCAGCGCCGUCCAGGGCCUGCAGCCCAAGAUAAGCGUCUGGAACACGGGCCCGUCGGCCGGCGACGGCUCCGCGGGCGGUGUCGACGCCAUGCGCAACGUCUACCAGAUGCUGCCGCCGCUCAUGACCACCAUCCAGGACCAGACAGGCAUCACCCUCCCCUCCUGGCAGUUUGGCCACAUGGCCACCGAGGCCUCCAAGGCCGAGGGCCCCAACGGCCAGAAGGCGUAA